AUGAACCGGAAGCUGCAUCUGCUGGCUGUGCCACUGCUCAGCCUGAUGAUGGGCUAUGUAGCUAGCUUAGAAGAGGAUUGUGUCGACUUCCAGGGAAACUCGGUCGCACACGGUCUACUCUACGUACCUGGACCGGGCGUGUGCAGCCUGUGCGUCUGCUACCACUCGGAGCCGCUCUGGUGCAAAGCAAUCUACUGUGAUCCUCCUUAUUUCUGUAAAAAGUUUCGCGUAGGCGAACGAUGCUGUGAAUUUGAAUGUCUAGAUCCCCCCGGAGAGGACGAGAUGUAUCAGGCCCGGCUCCGGAAGCGGGCGGAGAUCCUGGCCGGAAACGGCGCCAGUCCCCCGUUAUGGUCCGGCAACGGGCUGUGGUCACCGGUGAGCAGAGUCGUGUCCGGCGGGGUGCUGCUGGUGGCGUUAGUGAAUAGUGUUCGGCAAAGGAUGCUGCUGCUUCCCUCAUAGCUUUACUGAAGGUACUGCUCCGCUUUACCAUCGUUCCUCUGUUGUGCAGCAGCGUCAUAACACACCGCGUGAUGCGUGCGGACGAAGCGACUGCUACCACUACUACUAGCGGGGGCCAAGAGCCGGCCCUACCUUUGACUAAGUGAGCGAAUGUUAUAGGAUAUCUAAAUGCCGCAUACCGGAUCAAACGUCAGAUUCGGUGCGGAAGGGGGGGUGCGUGUAUGUACAGAUUUCUGCUCGAGGAAUUCGCGACGGAUAGCAACAUAGCAAGAUGCAGAAGAAGAAGCCAGUACCACAUAACAACUUUUUGUAAAACAUAAAAUCGUGAUUACUAGUCGCUACAUUAGAAAGCAGAAAAGAAAACGAAUAUGAAAACUUAUAACAGCAAACAAACCAAUCUUCAAGCAAACCGAAGAAACAAUGGAUACAAUUAGUAAAAUCA